AACUGGGAAAAAGACUUGCUCCUGAUGUUCAUAGUCAUGUUAUAUUUUGUAAAUGAAUGAAUUAAAGUCAACACCGCGUAUGAGUCACAGGAAUUCACCAUUAAUUCGUCAGUUAAUAUGCCGCGUCCAGGUGAAAAGGUCUGCAAUGCAGUCCGCAGACGGCAGGGGGCCACGUGGGGCGUCGCAGCGCACCUCCUGCCGUAAAGUCUGUAGAAGAAGAAGCGGAAGAACAAGAACAAGAAGAAAGACGGGGACAGAGUUUAACUUUUUUUUUUUACCUAACGUUACAACUGUUAUCUCGAUCCUGUUGGAGAUUUUCCCGUCGCGGCGUUAAAGUCCGGCCCGAUUAGACGGGGCGGGGUUCGCUCAUCUGACAUCGCCGCGAGGUCGGAAUGAUCUGCAGCAGGGAGGGGUUGUGGCCUCAUCAGUAGCUGUCACCACGGCGGGGGACCUCCGGACCUCCGUCUGCAGGGUGGUCAUCUACCUCCAGAGGGACAUGUCCGGGGACGGCUGCCUGCCCCAGCGUCACUCCCACUCGGCGUCCUCGGCCUCCCCCCUGGCCUGUCCCAAGACCAAGACCUGCAGCUACCGGGGGGCGGUGGGCCUGGGCAACAAGUACGUCCGCAUCAACGUGGGCGGCAGCCUGUUCUACACCACGCUGCAGGUGCUGACCCGGCAGAGCUGCAUGCUGAGAGCCAUGUUCAGUGGGAAGAAGGAAGUGUUCACGGAUAAAGACGGUUGGAUCCUGAUCGACCGCAGCGGGAAACACUUCAACAGCGUCCUGUGCUUCCUGCGCGACGGCACGGCCGCCUUGCCCAAAGGCCGUCAGGCGGUCCAGGAGGUGCUCGCCGAGGCCAAGUUCUACGAGGUCCAGGGCCUGGUGGAGCUCUGUCAGAGCAGCCUGCAGGGCAAUAACGAGCUGCCCAUGUGUGUCAUACCGCUGGUCACCUCCAGUCAGGAAGAGGAGAAGCUCAUCCAGUGCUCUACUAAGCCUGUGGUGAAGCUGGUGUACAACAGAAGCAACAACAAGUACUCCUACACCAGCAACUCAGACGACCACCUGCUGAAGAACAUCGAGCUGUUCGACCGGCUUUCCCUCAGCUUCAACGGCCGCGUCCUCUUCAUCAAGGACGUGAUCGGGGACGAGAUCUGCUGCUGGUCCUUCUACGGCCAGGCUCGCAAGCUGGCCGAUGUCUGCUGCACCUCCAUCGUCUAUGCCACGGAGAAGAAGCAGACCAAGGUGGAGUUCCCCGAAGCUCGCAUCUACGAGGAGACCCUGAACACGCUGCUGUACGAGACGAUGGCGCCGCCCAACAACCUGCUGCUGGAGGCCACGCGCCGCAUCUACAGCUGCAACGGCUCUCUCAUCGAGGAGGAGGAGGAGGGCGGGGGGGGGGCCGGGGGGGCCAAGCAGCGGGAGCGCGUCCGGCGCAUCCACGUGAAGCGGUACAGCACGUACGAGGAGCGGCCGCUGGGACACUGAGGCCCCGAGGGGAGGGGACACGCCCCUGCGAUGGUGAACAUUCGCUCCCCCACCCCCCCUUUUUGAGGACUUCCCCUCAGCCUCCUCUCUGGAGGAGGUCCGGGGGGGCGACGCCGCGCUCCGACGUGAUUCAUGAAUCGUUGAGAGCGAGAUGCUGAUGUUUAUUAAAUGUAGAGUAUUAGCGGAGGAAAAAUCACUGAUGCACAUUGUUUCAUAUGAAAUACUGUUCCAAUCAUCAAAGCACUUUCACUCUGAAUCAGCAGCAGAUGUUUUAUAUUUAUGGAAUGUUUUAUAUUCACAUCGAAAACAGGCCUGUUGUGCCACUAAUGUGUUUUCAUGCAGUUCACUAUAAUGCCUUUUUCCAGUUUUGAAGAUAAAAGUUCUUGUUACUCAA